AUGUGCAGUCCUACCGAUGUCGUGUGCGUCGACGGCUGGCUCUAUGUUGUCGAGCCUCACACAGUCCGCUGCGUGUCCCCGACACAUCACGUGACGACCAUUGCAGGGGCACACAAUUCUUCGGGCUACAAGGACAUGGUAGGCACGGACGCGCGCUUCCACAAUGGUUCUACUGGACGCAUCACCUCCGACGGAAGAGGUUUGGUCGUGCUGACUGACAUCAACAAUAAGCGGCUGCGCUCGUUUCGAGUGCGCAUCGAGUCGUCAGUGGAGAUCCCGCUGUCGACGCUCCAGGCGGACCUCGAGGGGCUGAUGAGCAACGAAGACGCCGCGGACUUCAAGAUCGUCGUCGAGGGCAAGACCUUGUACACGCUGCGCGGGCUGCUCACCACUCGGUGUGCCCACUUCAGAACCAUGCUCGCCUCGGGCUUCAGCGAAUCCACCAGCGAUGAGAUCACGCUCACCGAAGAUAGCUUUGAGUCGGUGCGCGCCGUGCUGCUGUUCCUGCAUACCGACCGCCUGGAGGUCGACGACGAGCACGCCGUGGAAGUGCUGCGCCUCUCGAUGAUGUGGGAGCUGCCGCGGCUGCAGUCGUUGGCGCAAGAUUCAAUCACCCGCCGCGUCACGGCAAGCUCGGUCUGCGCGUUUCUCAGCGCGGCCAAUGCGCAUGAUGCGCCCGGGCUCCGCGCCUUCUGCGUCCGCUACAUCGUGCUCAAUUUCGGGUCGGUUCAGGCGAGCGGGAAUUUUGCGUCGCUCGACAAAGAGCUCCUAUGCGAGGUGAUCCAGAGCAUUCGCAUCUGA